AUGGCUGUGAGCAUGGAUGAUGACGUUCCCCUCAUCCUCACCCUGGAUGACAGUGGAAGCAGCACCUCGGCCCCUCUAGAUGACCUGGAUCGGGAGGAGCUGCCUAACGAAAAUGGAGGUAGCUAUGACGUUAUUAAUGAUGCAUCCAGCCCUGCUGCGGGGGACUGCUCUGCCCAGCAAAGCUCUGCCCGGCACAACUGGGAAAUGAACUACCAAGAGGCAGCAAUCUACCUCCAGGAAGGAGAAAACAAUGAUAAGUUCUUCACUCACCCCAAAGAUGCCAAAGCACUUGCUGCCUACCUCUUUGCACACAAUCACCUUUUCUACCUGAUGGAGCUGAGCACGGCGCUGCUGCUCCUGUUGCUGUCUCUCUGCGAGGCGCCGGCCGUUCCUAUGCUCCGUCUCGGCAUCUUUGUCCACGCAACCCUGGAGCUCUUCGCGUUAAUUGUGGUAGUCUUUGAACUCUCCAUGAAGAUGAGGUGGCUGGGCUUCCAGACCUUUAUCAGGCACAAAAGGACGAUGGUGAAGACUUGCGUCCUGUUUGUACAGUUUGUGGAGGCCAUCGUGGUGUUGGUGCGCCAAACCUCGCACGUCCGCAUCACGAGGGCCCUGCGCUGUAUCUUCUUGGUGGACUGCCGUUACUGUGGUGCCGUCAGAAGAAAUCUGCGACAGAUCUUCCAGUCUCUCCCACCGUUUAUUGACAUUCUUCUCCUCCUGCUUUUCUUCAUGGUGAUUUUUGCCAUCCUGGGUUUUUACUUGUUUUCUCCUAACCACUCGGAUCCGUACUUCAAUACCUUAGAGAACAGCCUCGUGAAUCUCUUUGUGCUUUUGACCACUUCAAAUUUCCCUGAUGUGAUGAUGCCAUCUUAUGCCCGGAACCCCUGGUCCUGUGUCUUCUUCAUAGUGUAUCUCUCCAUCGAGCUGUACUUCAUCAUGAACUUGCUUCUGGCUGUUGUGUUUGACACUUUCAAUGACAUCGAGAAGAGGAAGUUCAAGUCCUUGCUGCUGCACAAGCGCACGGCCAUACAGCAUGCCUACCGCUUGCUCGUCACCAAACAGAGGCCGUCUGGAAUUUCCUUCAAGCACUUCGAAGGGCUGUUGCGGUUUUACAAGCCUCGGAUGGGUGCCAGAGAGCGAUAUCUCACUUUCAAAGCACUGAAUCAAAGCAAUACUCCUUUAGUCAGUCUAAAGGAUUUUUACAAUUUCUAUGAAGUUGUUGGCUUAAAGUGGAAGGCAAAAAGAAACCGUGAGCACUGGUUUGAUGACCUUCCACGGACUGCAUUCCUUAUUUUUAAAGGCAUCAACAUCCUUGUGAAGUCCCACGUGUUCCAGUACACCAUGUAUACUGUGGUGGCUGUGAAUGGAAUUUGGAUUCUCGUUGAAACCUUCAUGCUGCAAGGAGGGAAUUUCUUCUCCAGAAACGUCCCAUGGAGCUACAUAGUCUUCCUCACAAUCUACGGCGUGGAGCUGCUCCUGAAGACCACCGGCCUGGGGCCUGUCGAGUACCUGUCCUCGGGCUGGAAUCUCUUUGACUUCUCAGUCACUCUUUUUGCAUUCCUGGGGCUCAUGGCACUGGCGUUUAACAUGGAGCCGUUCUACUUCAUCGUGGUCUUGCGGCCCCUCCAGUUGCUGAGGCUCUUUAAAUUGAAGAAACGCUACAGAAACGUCCUGGACACGAUGUUUGAGUUGUUCCCCCGGAUGGCCAGCCUGGGUUUAACCCUGCUGAUCUUCUACUACUGCUUUGCCAUUGUUGGUAUGGAGUUCUUUGCCGGUGUGGUCUACCCGAACUGCUGCAACACAAGCACAGUGGCAGAUGCCUACCGCUGGGUGAACCAUACAGUUGGCAACAAGACGGUUGUGGAAGAAGGUUAUUACUAUCUCAACAACUUCGACAACAUUCUGAACAGCUUUGUCACGCUGUUUGAGCUGACAGUCGUCAAUGACUGGUACAUCAUCAUGGAAGGAGUGACAUCCCAAACCACUCACUGGAGCCGUCUUUACUUCAUGAUCUUCUAUAUCGUGACCAUGGUGGUGAUGACUAUCAUCGUGGCUUUUAUUCUGGAUGCUUUCGUCUUCCGCAUGAACUACACUCGGAAGAACCAAGAUUCAGAAGAAGACAACGGCAUUGUGCUGGAGAAAGAGAUCUCCAAGGAGGAAGUGGUUGGCAUAAUCGAGCUGUACAAGCGGAGUUCGGCCGCUGCUGAAACAGCUCAGCUGCAGAAGAUGGUUUUGCAGAUGGACAAAUAUGGGCAAACGUCGACACUGUUUCUGGGCCGCAGAUCAAGGACCAAGAGUGAUUUGAGUAUGAAGAUGUACGAGGAGGAGAUACAG